AUGUAUGGUGCUCAGUUUGAGCUAAGUGAAUGGCAAUCGUUUAUGAACUCGACGGUUGUGCCUCUUGCUGUUCGAUUGUGCGAGACUCGAGACGAGAAAAGCUCGCUUUCGCUUGAAAAGAUCGAGUCGAAGGCGUCUACUAAUGUGAUGCUGCACCAAACACGCGCCAACAGUGAGAAGCAAUGA